AGCCUUGGCACCGAUUCUCAUCUGGUUUCCAUAGUACCGCCCCCCUAGAGGUUUGCCCGGACGCUUUGAUAUAGCGCUGAUACACAGGAAAGAAUAAAGAUAUAAAGAUAACGUGCCACGCUUUAAGAAAAACGAGAUCAUUGAACAGGAACAGAUAGAAAUCAGUAGGCUAUGUAACAUUCUGCAGCAAAAUUAUUUAACGUCGACUGACUUGAAAGGAGAAAUAAAAGUGAGGAGCGUCCUCAUCUCCCAGGUCCCCCUCGCCCCUCCCUUAAUGAAUCGAGUGAGGGCUGGGAGAGUGAGGAGCCGCGCUGGCCGUGCACUGAGACUGCGGCGCCGACGGGGACCGACCGGGGACCGGCUGGGCUGCACGCGACUACGCGCUGUCCUUGGUGCUGAUCGGGCUGCAGUGGCACUGGGAACGGGGCAUAUAAUCCCGCGGUCGUAGAGGUCGUAAGGCGUAGCCCUUAGGAAAUAAUAUAUAUAUAUUAGUUUAAUUUCUUUCUCUUUUUUUACUCCUCCUUGUUUCCCUUUAAACAGCAAAUCUUCUUUUUUGCAAACUUUGUUUCAAGAACGUGGCAAGGAUUUUUUCCAUCCGGUUUUGCAUACAGAAACAGUCGGUUAAACCCCAACACCAUGUUACAGUAUGGUCUCAUUGUGCGUGAGGUGAGGGGGGACUUUACUAUCCUGAAUAUGGAGUCAAACCACAUUUGAUUGCUCGCAUAUGUAGGCGUUUUUUCAUCGUCCGUACAGCAUAUUCUUGGGAUAUCUGGUCGAGUCUUGAUCUCCUUACAAAGAAGAUAAUCACGCCUUUUCCUUUUUGUAUCUCACUACUAUGCUCGGUCAUCUUGCACUGUAAUAUGAUACUUUAACUUUGUUGCAAAACGAGCGGAGCAUAAAAUUUGGCGAUGGAUACCGUAAAGGAGCGAGUUUUCGCCCCCGGCAAAGAAGGGCUAAAGAAUUUCGCGGGCAAGACGCUGGGGCAGUUGCACAGGGUGCUGGAAAAGCGACAGAAAACUGGGGAGGUGAUCGAGCUGACGGAAGAUGGGCGACCCUCAGAAACCAAAGAGAAGAAGCCGCCGAUAUUUGACUGCACGUGUUUCGGGCUGCCCCGUCGGUACAUCAUAGCCAUCAUGAGCGGCCUGGGCUUCUGCAUCUCCUUCGGCAUUCGCUGCAACCUGGGCGUGGCCAUCGUGAGCAUGGUUAACAACAGCACAUACCACCAAGGCGGCAAGAUCAUCAUCAAAGAGAAAGCCAAGUUUAACUGGGACCCGGAGACAGUGGGGAUGAUCCACGGUUCGUUUUUCUGGGGCUACAUCGUCACGCAGAUCCCAGGAGGGUACAUAUCCUCACGACUGGCAGCCAACAGGGUUUUCGGUGCAGCUAUAUUCCUCACCUCAACUCUCAACAUGCUCAUCCCAUCCGCUGCCCGAGUUCACUACGGAUGCGUCAUGUUCGUGAGGAUACUGCAGGGACUCGUGGAGGUAGGGCGGCAUGGUCACCCUUGUUCUUGGCUGGUGUAUAUCGGUUUCAUGACUGGCAAGAAAAUCUGACAUUACAGGACCGAG